GAAGAAAUGGCCAGUUCUCAGGCACUGCUGACAUUCAGGGAUGUGGCCAUAGAAUUCUCCCAGGAGGAGUGGGGAUGCCUGAACCUCGUUCAGCGGGAAUUGUACAGGGAUGUGAUGUUAGAGAACUACGGACACCUCCUCUUCCUGGGUCUCAUUCUGUCAAAGCCAGACCUGAUAAUGUUUUUGGAGCAAGAGAAGCAGCUCUGGGAUGUGAAGAGAACGGAGACAGUAGCCUUUCAUCCAGGUAGGUGGGAAUGA